AUGGCUACUGAGAUUAUAAUCCAAGAACCCCACUCCAAAUUCAUCAUCCUCAGCGACUCACUAAGUUCGAUAAAAAGUUUACAAAACCAAUUAAACCCCUGCAACAUUGCAUCUAAAAUCCAGAACAAUCUCAACAAAGCUUCCUUUUUGGGUAAAGAAAUCAUCAUCAUGUGGAUACCUGGCCACUCAGGAAUAAGAGGCAAUGAAAUAGCAGAUAAACAAGCAUCCAUAGCCAUUAACAACAAUGAAACAUUGCUAAAAAACCAAAUGUCAUAUGCUGACUGA